UUCUUGACCCAUAUGGUUAUCCAUGUUUACAAUGGUUGCACACAGUUUUUAAUCAUGAGCUGCCUGGAGGAUAAGAUGAAUGGAGAAGUUCCUUGUAGAAUAACUUGAAAUACGGUUGACUUUGAAUAACUCGAAAAUAUACUUAAAAUCUUAAUAUUUCCUUGGUUUAAAAAAACUCGCUCGGAUGAUUUUGUAAAACUUGAACCUUUGAACCUUCGUUCUCUCAGCAUUUCAAUAUAAUUCGACAUUCAAGCAUUUUCGUGUCGUGAAUAUAAACAAAUAAGUUGAAGGUUAAACAAUACGCUCAUGGAUUACUGAAUACUAAGGUGGCAGUGGAAUGUUGUGUACUGUUUUUAUCAGACUUAAACAAAGUCAACCCUUUUGUAAGCUCUGCGACAGUUCAACCUAUCGAGGGUCACUGUCAGCAUAUACAGAGAAGUCAGCACAAUCGAGAUUAAAAACAUCGACCAGUAAAGAAAACCCUUAUAAUUAAAGUGUACCUGUUCAAUUAGAUGACGCAGUCUAGUUAUUAUAGAUAGCUAUGUAGCUAUAUUUAAAGUUAAUAUCACGCAUCAUGAUCUUCUAAAAAUUUGUUUUUUUUGGGAAGUUAUUAACCACCUGUGUUAAUGGAAAAUUGAUUCUAAAAAUUGGUCUAAGAUCGUGCUUAACAUGCACUUUACUUAGUUUUAAAUGAUCUUAUAAUUUAAAUGAUGUUAUAAGACUCAUAUAUACAUCUGUCUGUCACGCAAAAUGGUACCCCAAGUAACAAUGCGGUAUAAGAUGGGCAGGCGAACCUGUUUGAUUUUUCCGACUAGUUUAUUUAUUAACUGUUGAAAAUGCAAAAAUGAACAAGCAUCGAGAGACAUACUGUAACAUAGUGAAGAAAGCGUUCGCGGUCGUUUCGUCUAAACAUCAUGCUUGUUACCUAUUUAUUGGAAUUUAAAUAGAAUUAAGUUUCGCAUGGAAUAAAUUUAUCCGAUUUUGGUCGAAUCCGCGAAAUAGGAAAUUUAUCCAUCUUUUAGAACACAUAUUGUCCGAAAAAAUAUAUUUUGUCGUGGUUAGAAGGUGUUAUAGAUGUACAGAACUAUUUUUUGCAGUUUAAUUUUGAGCGAUUUUGGAAGAUCUUAUUUGGCAGAUCGAAAAAUAAUAUUUAUAAUAUAAUGAAAAUAAUAUUUGCAACAGGUUAUACUAGAGGAAGAUUAUUACCACAAUUUUUACUGGAUCCCGAAUUAAACCAAAUGCUAAGUUCCUCCAAGGUUAAGCACAAUCAAAAUGUGACUUAAAAUAUAAACACAGUUCCAUUUGUCCGAAGUUUCCUAAGCCUAGAAAAAAUCCUUUUAAGUGAACAUCAAUUUUCAAACAAACAUUUCAAACAAGUUGAGUGAACAUUCACCUUCAAACAAAAUGGAUGUAGCGCACAAUUGACACGUGGGCAAGAAAAGUUUAAAUUUCAACUAAAAAAUAUGCUACAGCUGUUUCGCCAUUUUAAUACGAACAGCUUUCUCCUGCUUCUCUCAGACUUCGCUGCCUUUCCAAAAUGUUUCGUUUCAGAUCUAAGUUAUGUAAUGUUCUAUUAAAAGCAUUGAGUGGAAGAAAGGCGCCGAAUUGAAAUAUGAGCGGCUUGUAAACUUUCAGAUAGUUAACAUGGGUGAUUAUGCAACAGGGGUGCUUAAAAGAUGGCGACCGUGUAGCAACUGAACUCAUUUCAACUUUGAUAUUUUACUUACUUUGAAUCGAAUAUUUUCUUAGAAAAAAUGUUCCUUUCUAGCGAAAGUUGCAAAAAAUGCAUGUUUUGACGAAAAAUUAAUUAGCUGUGGAAUACACAGCUUCUAGUUUCGGCUGAAAGCUCGAACAAAAUCUUGAUCUUCUGGGAUUUAAGUGAAGUUACGCGUGUCUCCGAGGCGGUUAGUAAAGUUAAAAAAAUCACGUGAAAUAUCACGUUAUCUUCGGGUAAAAACUGCAUAAUCACGCGAAAACUCACAUGGUACCUGCUACUUUUCCCCAAUCAAAUGAUUUUGCCAUAAAACCGGCCAAUCAGCGUCCAUGUGCUCGAAUACUCCUCCUCAAUCCUCAAAUGCUGUACCACGAUGCCGCGCAGUACUGGUUGCAAACUGGUUGGAAGUAGUAAAGUAAAACUUUGAUUGUAAAAAGAUGUCGUCAGAACAGAAAACACCAAAAAAACGUCUUGAUAAUUCUAUUGUUGGGUAUGUUACGAAUGUAUCACCAAUUAAAACUGCUAAAAACAAUCCAAAGAGGAAAUACUUUGAUUUCCUUCUAAACACAGAGGACAAAAUGGAACGAACAGUUUGUUUUUCCCCUGAAAAACAUAAACUGGUAUCAGAAGUUCACAAAGAUCUCACUGGAUGUGAAAUAAAAAAAUACAAAAGGAGCGACACUAAUGACAUCAUUAUAACAGAUUUUCCAUCUGUGAAAAAGCUUGCUCCAUCUUUUGAACUGCAGACCCCUGAAGUUGUUCUCAAAACUAUUCCAGCAAUUCUUAAUGAAUCGAUGCUGUAUGAAAUCGUAAACACAAAAGCAUAUCUAUAUGAACUGAGUGAAACUAAGGCGCUGACAGACAAGAAUGGAAAAAAUAUGUCAUAUCGCAAUGCCAUUCUUAUUGACGAAACAAGCGAAAAACUGCCAAUCACGUUUUAUAAUGAACAAUGUGGGCAAGUGAAAAACAAGGAAACAUAUAUUUUAACAGAACUAAGGGUAUCAAAAUAUAUGAACAAUCGGUUCUUGAAAGCCACCCCAUUCACCAAACUAAGAACUGUGGAUCCAUUAGAAAUAAACGACGAAGCAGUAACAGUAACAGAUUGUACUUCACAUUUCACCAUAACUAGUGUAGAUUUAAAAAGUUUUUCAGAAAAAUUCCAGUGUCCUUCAUGCAAAUCCAAUGACCUUGAAGUUGAGAAGGACUAUACCAUAUGCAAUAAUUGUUGCACCAUGACAGAUGCCUCGCAGUGUCGAAAGCACUCCAACAUUGGUUUUACUGCAGAAGGCGAUACUGGCAAACUUGUCUUAGAUUGUUCACCUAGCUUGUUGGAGAAGUGUUUUGGCAUUCCGUGUUGCAAAAAGAUUCCACUAGCCAAAAAAAUGAUCAAGGCAAAUGUUAUAGUUAAGUUUGAUCAGCGGGAUAACUCGAUAAUUGAGAUAAGGCUAAAAGAGGAUAACUCCAUUAAGAUGUGCCUAAAAGAAAAAGAGCAAGACAAUGUGACAUCACAAAAUUUUAUUAGUUGAGAAGAAGAAAUGGUAUUACUCGACGGGAAAAACGAUGAGGAAGAUUGACUUACUUAUUCAACUGAACUAUCAUGUUUUUUGUUAUGUUAUGUUUGCUUAAAUGUUAUGCUUGCUUGAACUAAUUUAAAAAGUUAUAUUUUUUGUUUGUUUACAUUUUGUUCUGAUAUUUCUUAUUGACAUUUCAGUUUAUAAUUUUUUACUCAGCUUGCUGCAGUCCACAAAAAUUGCUCCAUAGAAAUUUAUCACGUUCUGUUUGUUGUUUGUUUUGUUUUACUGAACUCUUUUAUCAUUGUUUUAAAGUACGUGUUCAUAAUUUGAUAUGCUUACAUAUUUCCUACAAAAAUUAAUAUAAGACAAAUGAUACGAGAUAACAUGGGGAUCAUUUAUUUAAAUACAUAUUCGGACAUUAUUAUGUUAAUGUAUUGUUUUUAUGCUGGUUAGUCAGAUUUCCUUGGCAAGUAAUAAAACAAUGGUUAAGGACUUCUUUUUGGUACCGUGUAUUCGAAUCUGAAUGCUCUAACAACACUCUUUCCCAUUUCUUGGUAUUUUAUUAAACUCAUUCACUUACUACAUUUUUGCUCAAUUAUUUUCCUUGGUGAAACUCUUGCAGCGAAAAACCAUUUUGAAUAAUUUACAUUUAUCUCUUUAAUAAUAGCCGUAUUCUGUCUGUUCAAAAGGGUUACCGCGUCCCGUAACGGAAACACGAAAUGUGAUAUAUAAAGGACGGGCGACCCCGUGGAUUUUUCCACGGUCUAACGACUUCUAUAUUAUAAUGCCCGUAUACGUCUGUCCGUCCGUCUGUCUGUCUGUCACGCAAAAUGGUAGCUUAGCUGCGACGGGCGAACCCGUGGAUUUUUCCACGGGCUAACGACUAGUUUAAAAAAAAACAUAAGGCGAACUAAUUAUGCAGAAAACCUAUAACAGUUAAUAUUUUACAGAACGCAUUUUAUGAUUCGUUUCAACCUAGAGGUAACGCGGGAAUGUAUUAUAAUUGUUAAUGCAAGCCCCUAAUCUGGCAUAAGCAAAACUAGCACCCAGUUCUUAAAAUUCCCAGCAAUUUAUUCCCCUAGGUUUUUCGCUUUCUUGAUAUGCGUGCUGGCGCGGUUCGCCUAAAGUCACUGUUGUAGGAAUCCGCCGUGUUCGCAGGACUUUUCAAAAUUGGAACGUCGGUCAAGAAAGCUUUGCUAAUAUUGCAAACUGAAAAAGAAAAAAAAAAGCUAAGAACGACGAAGUAGCCUGGGUUACGUUUUUACCGUG